CAAACCCUACAGAAAAGUUUUCUAUCUAAUGCUGAAGUCACGAUCUGGUGAUAUGGCAGUAUAUAUUGGCAUCAGAGGCAAGACUUCCCAGCGUGUCUAUUCUAUAACUGGUCUAAGGGUUUGUCCCAGUGACGAGUUCCAAGUUGACAUAACCUAUAUUUUUCUGUUUAACCUAUAAUCUGUUUAUGGAAGCAUGUGCUAGGCUCAUAGAAAGGUUUAUUAAUGCAUAAUUUAUUUUACCCUUUAAUAUUAUAAAGUAUACAUACAAAUUUUAAUACUUUAAAAUGCCAGGACCUCAGAAACGAAAGAGACAAAACAACUUUGGAGACACUCACUUGAGAAGACGAUGGAGAACCAGACGCAGAACUAAAGAUUUAGAUGAGAUCGACCAUGAUAUCCAUCACAAAGCAGAGCCCUUACUAAAUCAGGAGAUUGAUGUUGACAGACCAGGGAAUGCACAAUUCUACUGUCUGCACUGCGCGCGUUAUUUUAUCAGUGAUGAAGCGAUGAACGAUCAUUUUAGAACGAAGGUUCAUAAGAGGCGCUUGAAAGCACUAGAACUGGAGCCGUAUUCAAUAGAAGAAUCGGAGAGAGCCGCUGGUAUGGGCAGUUACAUCGCACCCAAGAAAAGAAAAAUGGAAACUCAGCCUUUGAAGAGUGAACAGUCGGCCGUCAAUAAAAGUGAUGAUGGUGAUGAUGUCAUGAAAGACAUCACCAAAUAAUGCCAUUAAAUUUUAUUUGAGAUAUGAAGUAAAUAAAGGGUUGAGUCAAGCAAAUUGA